AGUCGUGCUUAGUGUAAAUACACGCGCCAGAAUUUUCCCAAAAAAUUGCAUAGAAGGCACGUACCAGAAUUUUCCUAAAAAAAUUGCAUAGGCGCUUAGUCGUAGGCUAGGGCUGGCUUAUUGACGUUGAAAUUUGGCUUCCUUUCCAGGUAUAUCACUAUCCCCUGUUUCCUUUGUAUUUCCUGAUACUUGUUCAUUGCUUGAUCAUUUAAUCGGUUGUUAGCAGAGGAGACCAUGAAUAAAAUCGGAAGAUCUGAGAAUGAGUUGUCGGAUUUCUUUUCGAUGUUGCCUGAAUCGCUUACUCAUCACAUAUUGUCAUUCCUUCCGUUCAAGGAUAUCGUCCGUACUUCAGUCUUGUCUAAGAUGUGGAGUCGCAUUUGGCUCAAUUACCCUAACAUCGAUUUGCUUUUGCAUGAGGAGGCUUACAUGGAUACACUACAUCGACGCUCUUUCUUAGAUCACAUUAAAUUAAUCAUGGAUCAAUGCAUUCUUCGAAAACCUUGCAUACAGAAGUUGCAGUUAAACGUUUUUGCCGGUAACCUGGAGGAGUUGGCCCCCAUUAUGGAUCAGUGGUUCAGGGCUGCAAUUGAGAGGAAUGUUUCUGAGCUAUUGAUUGAGAUGAAUUUUGGUGCAACCACUUACUAUAAUAUUCCCAAGGAAGUAUUUGUGUCUAAUUCACUAAAGGUUUUAGAGCUUCAGGGCUGCAAGUUUGAGGAUAGUUUUUCCUGCACUAGUCUUCCACAUCUGCAGAAGCUCAGAACUUUGCGGUGCCUGUUUGCCAGUGAGAAUGUCUUAUCCAACAUUUUAUGUGGCUGUCCUGAGUUGGAGUCUCUGGAAGCUUUAGUUUCUGAGGGCAUGAGCAGUUUUCUCUCGGUUUCAUGUAAACCUAGAUUGAAAUAUUUCGACAUCACGUGUCUCAACGAGCUCAAGAGGAUUGAGAUCUUUGUACCCAGUCUUGAGACGUUAAAAUGUAGUUACGUGUAUUCAUGUUCCAUUAACAUGGCUAGUUGCACUCUUCUCAAACAUUUGGAAUUAAACCGAGUUACCCUCUCUUCUGAUUAUGUUCCUAUUCAGUAUCUUUUAUCUAACCUUCCCCAUAUUAAAGAAUUGCAUUUGUCUAACUGCAAAUCCGAUGACAAAAUUCAAAUCUCAAGUUCUUGUCUCAAGAGACUUGUCAUGACCGAGUACGAAAACUUUCCUGGUGCUGAACUUGACAUCCCAAAUUUACUUAGUUUAGACAUCUUUUUGGGUGAAUGUAAUUCGACUAAUCGGUUCAGUUCUUGGAAUGUUCCCAAGGUAGAAGAAAUUCACAUGUUGUUGUCUGUUAAAAGCUUUCAGAGUGCUUGCAGGGGUGGACUGAAGGGGUUCCUAAUGCAGUUGCAACAUUAUGAAGAUGUGAAAUUGAUUAUACAGUGCAGAGGUAAACAGGAUCUAAUUAUACAUGAGAAACUGCACGCAGUUUCCUUUUCUUCUCUGAAUAAAUUCUUAAAAAAGGCAAAGGCAGAAUAUGUGGUCAUAUCAUCCAGAAGAGAUGAUUCAUUCUUGGCUAAUAUGCUGGUUUCAAAUGACGAUGUUAGUCUAUCCAUGAUAUGUUCUUCUCGCAGAAGCAUUGAGGUAUUUGGUGGUUACUUUUAGACCUUGUAUAUGGAUGGAGUAUGUUUCUGCUGCAGGAGUUUCUGAGUGUUCGCUUCAAUUUUUUUACUUUUUAACCUGAAUUUCAGUUGCUGCACAAGAAAUUGAGCAAAUCAUCAACACUGAAAUAUUGGUAUAAGGAAUUUCAGCUGGUUUCUAUGGAGGAGAUAGAGCAUGAAGUGGACAGUGAUUGGAAACCCUUCAUGAAGACCCAUUCAACAGGUUACCACACUGCCAGAAUAAUCCUUAUCAAGAAGAGUAUGAUGGACAUGAUCCAUUCAAUGAAUGUUUCAUGUGUUUGAAAAAGCGCUAGGCGGCAGCCCCUGGGCCUAGAACCUAUUGCUGGGGAUGUUUAGUGCAGCGUGCUGCUUAUAUUCUCAUCAAUCAGACUAACACUGCGCUCCUGCAAUGACAAUCCAUUCUAAAAGGUGUUGAGAUUCUUUACCUUCUCUCAAAAUCAUGGGGCAGUGUUACAGGAGUGCAGUGAAUUGUGUAUAAAAUGGUGGGGCCGAUGUAGAAAUAAAAGUUGUCUCCAAAACAAUUGAGAGUUUCUUUGAAAUCUUUAAGAUAAAUUUUAAUUCAUUAUUCAUAUGAAUAAUGAUUGUUCAUCUUCC